AUGGCGCAACACCCGUCCCCAGAUCCUACGUCUACGUCCACGAAAUCACCCUCCACGGCCCCAGCCAAUGCUCUCUCCACCGAAAAGAGCCCCGACCCCUGCUCCCAAAUCGAAAGAGACCAUCCCCAGCACACGUCCACCUGCCCGAACUGCCAAGAACGAAUGACCCGACAAUUCGACAAAGUCCUCCGCGGCGUCAUGCUCCGGGAAGGCUGGACAGAGGAGCAAGUCCACGCGGUCUCCCCCCUGCGAGGGUUUGCCAGUAAGCAAAUGAAGGAUCUGGCUCCCGAUCCGGGCGCGCCCAUAGAAGUGCAGAGACGAGUGUACGCUAGGAAUUGUGUCGAAGAGUUGCAGGCGAGGAUUGAUGCUGCGAGAGAGGUUCAUCAGGCGAGGAUCGAUGCCACUAGGAGGAGUCGUGAGUCAUGA